AUGCACAAGGGUUAUCCAUACUAUAAACCUCGAUUCUGGGAGGCCGACGUGAUCGGCGUCGAGGACCUAGAGAAAUAUCGUGUUGGAGGCUAUUGCCCAAUUGCCCUCCAGUCAACGCUAUGCAACGGCCGCUACAAAGUUCUCCACAAGCUCGGCAGCGGCGGCUCAUCCACACAGUGGCUCGCGCGUGACCUCCAAGAUGGGGUAUUGGUUGCUGUCAAAGUCCUCGCGGCAGAGCGGCAAGAGACCGUGAACAACGAGCUCUUCAUGGCCGAGCGACUGGGAUCCCUUCCAACCGAUACGCCCGCGCUGCAGCAUUUACGUCUCCCGUUAUCCACCUUUCUCGAAAUGAGCCCGAAUGGGGAGCACACCUGCCUCGUCCAGCCGCUGAUGGGUCCCAGUCUCAACCAAAUGUUACGUCGUGGUGGGUGGAGGGAAGGGACAUUUCGAGUGAGAGCUCAGCUAGUACCGGUUCUGGCCCAGCAAGCGGCUGAAGUUCUACGUCUGCUUCACGGGAUGAGAAUUGCACUUCAUGACAUCACACUCUCCAACUGGGCAUUCGCUCUGUCCGAAUCCGUGCGAACAUGGACCGAGGAGGAGGUGUACUACGUCCUUGGACGCCCGAAGGUGGCGCCAGUGAUGACGGUGGAUGGAUCAGAACCGGGGCCACAUGCACCUGCCGAGGUGGUAGCACCCGCAGACAUGUCGGGUCCCGCAAUGGCAUCGUUCUUGAAGGAGUCAAUCGUGUGCAUCGAUGUAGGAGAUGCAGUGCAGCUUGACGAAGGCCCUCUUCAAAGGCAGCCCACCGUCCCGAUUCACUAUCGGGCCCCCGAGGCGAUGCUUGAAAGCCAACUCAGCUUGGCCUCGGACAUAUGGUCCUUCGCUAUGUUGAUCUUCAAUAUCCUCAGUGGCCAACCCCUUAUCGAACCAUUCUUGUCAAGUGAGCAAGAUGUCUUGCGGCAGAUGGAGAUACUCCUCGCCACGCCUCCCAGUUCUCUUCGAUCACGAUUUAUCAACCACAGUGCAGUACCUUAUCCAGUAGAGAUCUUGCCGGCAGAGGCGGCCAGGUAUACUGCAAAUUGGGCUGAGCUGGAGAGACGCCUGCGGUGUGUUGGCACCAGGGACGAGCCUAAGGCCUCUGUGGUUGUGGAUAGAUUACCGAUAUUGGCCCGCUUGCAUACUCGACUUACCGAGGAAGACGUGCAGACUUGGAAAACACUCCUGUCAAAGAUGCUGACCUGUACGCCAGAUGAACGGCCCGAUAUUGGCAUGGUUUGUGCGUGGCUUGAGAAGCACGGCGGCAGAGCCACGUUUGCCUAUUAGUUCACUAUAUCAGCCCAUCCGUAGACCCCCAACCGAUAGGGUGGUGCCAUUGAUAUUAUUUAAU